GUGUGAUCUGGAAAGCUUAUAAAAGCCUGAUGUAAUUCUUAAUGCAGCCCCUGGCUACAAGGACUGGAUCUAGAUUCACAGUGUAGCAAAAAAAAAAAAGAAGGAAAAUACCAGAGACAAGGCAAAUACACAGCAGCGGAUCUUAAGCGAACAAACAUCUCUCGGGGAAGCCAAUUUUUUGUCUUGUCGAAGAGCUUCGUUGACUCUAUGUGAAGAAGACUUUGUAUCAUUGGAUGGAAUCAUUUCUUUGGCUUUUCUUUCAGCUGGGGAUUUGCACCUGAUUAUAUCUGUCACCAACGGCUCUUCUUCUUCUUCUUCUUCUUUUCCUUGUGAGGAACAAGUUAAGGCAUUAAGGCAAAGCUGCCUUGGGUGGAAGACUUUACACAAAUUGGUCAUUGUGGUGGCGAGGAUAUGGCUUGUACUGGGCUACUUACUUAAUACCUGGAAUUUGCUUUGGAAGAAGAAGAAGGAGAGGGAUUUCAAAUCUAAGAGAAUCCAAGAUUCCGCCGAGCGGCCGCCAGGAGGCGCCUGAGACAAGGAGACCAAGGCUGGAUUGAUUUCCCUCAAGCCUCAUAAAACUGCUCCAGCUCCUGCUCCACCUGUUAUGUCCGAGAUCUGGCCCCUGCCUGACAAUUACUUGGAAUUCCAAAGGAGCCGAGACCUAGGAUGAGGAGCCCUGGGACCCCCCACAACUUGCUUUUCAUAUUGCCACUUUUCCUGCUCUCCCCGGCCGCCGCCAGCCUCGACUUGGGACUCCAUUCUUGUACCACGCAAGUCCAAGGGGAAUUCUACGGAUAUUUCUCUUCGUUGUCUCUCUUCCCUUUGAACGAUUCUUUGUGCGCUUGGAUUAUCCAGAACCCGGACCCCAGGAGGUACACCCUGUACGUGAAGGUAUCUAAGCCGGCGGGUAUAUGCGACCACCAGCAGAUCCGCACCUCGCAGUUUGACUCUUUCCUGGAGUCCACGCGGACGUACUUGGGGAUGGAGAGUUUCGACGAGGUCCUGAAACUGUGCGACAGCUCGGUCCAGUACGCCUUCCUGCAGUCCAGCAAGCAGUUCCUGCAGAUGAGGCAGACCCUCCCCAGGAAGGAAGACCCCCAGCUCCAAUGGAAGACGUCCCGACCGCAGGAGACGGAUUUUUCCCUGGAAUAUCUGGUCUUGGGGAACAGGAAUCCCCGGAAAGCUGCCUGCCAGAUGCUGUGCAAGUGGCUGGACACCUGCCUGAGCAGCAGCAGCAGCUUCCACCCCUGCGGGAUCAUGCAGACGCCCUGCUCCUGCCACGACGGGGACGUCCAGUCCGGCAGCGACCCGCCGGGGACCGCCAAGAAGAGGGGCGACUGCUACAAGGACGGGAUCUACCUGGAAAACUGCAUGAGCAGCUCCAGGGACGGCAGUGCCGGGGAGUUCCAAGGUGGAUGGACGGCAUGGACGACUUGGGGCGAUUGUAACAGGGACUGUGGCGGUGGUCUGCAAACCAGAACCAGAACCUGUCAGUCUCUUCCAGAUGAAAGCCACAUUUGUGAAGGGGUUUUAGAAGAAGGACGGCUCUGCAACAGAAAGGCAUGUAGCGCCAAUGGACAGUACGACUCGCGGAGCCAGUCUCUGAGAUCCAUAGACAACAAGAAGAAGGAUGAUGCCGAUGACCAGUACCAGUUUGGAUAUCCUGCUCCACAAAUAGGAGACCCAGCGGCUGAGGAGUGGUCGCCCUGGAGCGUGUGUUCCACCACCUGCGGGGAGGGAAUGAAGUCCAGGACCAGAUUCUGUGUCUCUUCCUCGUACAGCACGCACUGCAGCGGGCCCCUGAAGGAGCACAAGCCAUGCAACAACUCCGCCGUGUGUCCAGUGCACGGUACCUGGGACGAGUGGUCCCCGUGGAGUCUCUGCUCAUCAACCUGCGGAAGGGGCUACAGAGAGAGGACCCGAACCUGCAACCCGCCCCAGUUUGGGGGUGAACAGUGCAAAGGACCAGAGAAGCAAACCAAGUUCUGUAACAUCGCCUUGUGUCCAGUUGAUGGGAACUGGAAUGAGUGGUCCAGCUGGAGUGCCUGCUCCACCACUUGCUCCAAUGGGACUCAAAAGAGGAUUCGGGAGUGUAAUGGACCGUCCUACGGCGGCUCGGAGUGUCACGGGACGUGGUCGGACACCAGGGACUGCUUCCUGACACAGUGUCCAGUUGACGGCGAAUGGCAGCCGUGGGGACAGUGGGGGGUCUGCAGCACGACCUGUGACGGAGGGGCGCAGAGGAGGGAGCGCUCCUGCUCCGGACCAUUUCAUGGAGGCGAAGACUGCGCCGGACCACCCGAGGAAAGCAAGCCGUGCAAUGAAAAGAAGUGUCCAGAGCCUCAUGAGAUUUGUCCUGAGGAAAAUUACGCGGCUGUUGUUUGGCAAGAAACCCCAGCGGGAGAUACGGCCGAGGUUCGGUGCCCUCGAAAUGCCACAGGACUGAUUCUCCGAAAGUGCGUUCUGGACGAGGUGGGAGACGCGUACUGGGAGGCGCCGAUGUACAUCAAAUGUGUCUCCCUUGACUACAGGAACAUUCAACAGAUGAUCAAGGAGCACCUCUCCAAGGCGCAGAGGGGGCAAAAGGGGGAAGGCGUUUCGGCCGUGCUGCAGACUCUGGUGGACGCCACGCAGGACGGCGCCAGCUAUAGUGGAGACAUCCUAUCCAUUGUGGACAGCCUGAGGAACAUGACUGAGAUCUUCCGACGGCCGUACCACAACCCGUCAUCCAACGACGUCCAGAACGUCGUGCAGAUCAUCAGCAACUUACUGACCGACGAAAACCGGGACAAGUGGGACGAAGCCCAGAUGAUGGGCCUGAGUGUGAAAGAUCUCUUCAGACUGGUGGAAGACUUCAUAGAUGUCAUCGGAUUCCGGAUGAAGGAUUUCAAGGACUCGUACCAAGUGACGGACAAUCUGGUUUUAAGCAUCUACAAGCGUCCAGCAAAUGGCCAGACGGACAUCAGCUUCCCGAUGAAAGGCUGGAGGGGAAUGGUGGAGUGGGCACGUAACUCUGAAGAUAAAGUCUCAGUAUCGAAAAGUCUCCUGUCUUCAGAAGACUCAGAUACGGAUGACUCUUCCAUGUUUGUUAUCGGGACUGUGCUCUACAGGAACCUGGGCGGCUUUCUCAACCUGCAACGAAACACAACCAUCCUGAACUCUAAGAUCGUCUCGGUGACGGUGAAGCCUCCUCCACGUGCCGUCUCUGUCCCCCUGGACAUUGAGUUCUCUCAUCUCUACAAUGGAACAACCAACCACACUUGUAUCAUCUGGGACGAAACGGAUAUAUCCUCUAAUCUUGGUGCCUGGUCCUUGAGAGGCUGCCGUACGGUCCCCGUGGAUUCAUUCCAUACUAAAUGCUCCUGUGAUCGCUUAUCAAGCUUCGCCAUUUUAUCCCAGCUCAGUUCAGACAUGAAUAUGGAAAAGGUCCUCGUCCCAUCAGUCACCCUGAUCGUCGGCUGUGGCGUCUCCUCCCUCACCCUUCUGCUGCUGAUCAUCAUCUACGUCUCCGUCUGGAGGUACAUUCGGUCUGAGCGCUCGGUCAUCCUGAUCAACUUCUGUUUGUCCAUCAUCUCUUCAAACGCCUUAAUACUCGUGGGACAGACACAGACCCGGAACAAGGUCAUCUGCACACUGGUGGCGGCCUUCCUGCACUUCUUCUUCCUGUCGUCAUUCUGCUGGGUGCUGACAGAGGCAUGGCAGUCCUAUAUGGCGGUAACAGGGCGGCUCCGGAACAGGAUCAUCCGCAAGCGUUUCCUCUGUCUCGGAUGGGGUCUCCCAGCUUUGGUGGUGGCGAUAUCAGUUGGAUUUACGAAGGCGAAGGGCUAUGGAUCGGCCAAUUAUUGCUGGCUGUCUCUGGAAGGAGGUCUCCUCUACGCAUUUGUGGGCCCGGCUGCUGCUGUCGUUUUGGUCAACAUGGUUAUUGGAAUUCUGGUGUUUAAUAAACUUGUCUCAAAAGAUGGCAUAACCGACAAGAAGCUCAAGGAGCGGGCCGGGGCAUCAUUGUGGAGCUCCUGUGUUGUUCUGCCCCUCUUGGCACUGACCUGGAUGUCCGCAGUCCUGGCCAUCACGGACCGACGCUCAGCCCUUUUCCAAAUCUUGUUUGCUGUCUUUGACUCAUUGGAAGGUUUUGUCAUUGUCAUGGUUCAUUGUAUCUUGAGAAGAGAGGUCCAAGAUGCCGUGAAAUGCCGUGUUGUUGACCGUCAAGAAGAAGGCAAUGGAGACUCGGGUGGUUCCUUUCAGAACGGGCAUGCUCAGUUAAUGCUUGAAGAAGCGAACAACCCGUACAUCUGCACUGCAAUGGUUGGACUGAAAGACAAAAAGUCUGACUUCGAGAAGGAUGUUGAUCUGGCGUGCCGCUCAGCUAUCAAUAAGGACCUCUCAGCCUGUAGAACAUCCACCAUCACGGGAACUCUGAAACGACCAUCUCUGCAGGAUGAAGAAAAGAUGAAGAUGAACCAUCAAAAGGGAUCAAAUUUCAAUAGUCUUCCAGCUAAUGUGUCCAAAAUGCACCUUCAAGGAUCGCCACACUACCUGGGAACCAUCGGUCUCAACGAGUAUAAUAAUCAUACGCUAACCCUAAAAAAGGACAAAAACCAGCCCCCUAAACCCAUAUACAUGUGUGAAGGAGAUAUCUUCAAAAAGUUGGACUCAGAGCUGACCAGAGCCCAGGAGCAGUCAAUGGACACCAGUUAUGUUAUUCUGCCCAGUAAUACGGCCACUCUCAGGGCAAAGCCAAAAGAGGACAGUAAGUACAGCAUGAACAUUGACCAGAUGCCACAGACCAGGCUCAUACAUUUAAACAUGGCAGAUCCCAGCUACAUGGUGAAGAGUCCUCCAAGGGAACGCAUUGGCAUGAAAUGCGUGGAGCAAGGGUCACCGAUGCAACAGCUGCAUCCUAGCGAGUCACAAAUACCAGUUGGCCUUUGUGAAAAGGCAGAGUUGCUAACAUCAGGGAUUGUCCCAAAAAGUGAGACUAUCGCUACACUCUCAAUGAGUUCCUUAGAGAGAAGAAAAUCCCGGUAUGCAGAAUUAGACUUCGAGAAAAUUAUGCACACCAGAACGCCACAAGAUAUGUUCCAAGACCUUAAACGAAAGCUCCAGCAUUCAGAGAAAGAAAGGAGUCUCCAAACAGCAGAGAGUAUGAUAGAAAAACAACAGACGCCUAGCAAGAGGUCUUGGGAAGGCAUGAGGAAGCUUCAGUCACCACCAUCUUGGGUUAAAAAGGACAUGGAGCCUGUAUCCCCUUCUCCCUUAGAACUAAAGACUGUGGAAUGGGAGAAAACGGGUGCAACGAUACCACUUGUUGGACAAGACAUAAUUGACCUUCAGACUGAGGUCUGAAGCUUACAAGAAAGACUUCUUUUUAUUUUUAAAGAAUAUGAUUCCAUAUAAAACGGAGAGAUGUUUGGUUUCUUUUGAAACCUUGUUAAAGUACUUUUUUGCAUUGUUCUCAGAAGGGAAAAUCCGUUAGACUCUUAGAGGUAGACGCAACGUGCUCUCUCCCAGGUAUGGCAGAAAAGAAGUCGUAAGUGAGAGGUCAGACCAUAACAGUAAACGAAUGGAAAUCAACGUCAAAAGAGUCAUCGGCCUUCAAGUGGAGAUUACGCUGAGGAAGUCAUUGAGACUGGCUGGCGAUGCUUCUCGAUGACACUUAGACCAACUUAAUAGAUAAUUAACAAUGAUAAAGUACUCUGGUGUAUUAUAUACAAGCUCCGGGGCCAGUUUUUAUAGAAUCAAACCUAAUUCUUCAGUGAUGUAAUACCUUGCUUGAUAUCUCCAUUCAGUAUUGUUUAGGUUCAGUCCAACAAUGUCUGCCAGAGCUGGCCCAGCUCAGUGGGUAGUAGCCAAAGCAAAUUCCGGUCAGUCUUGACUAGAGUAGGUAGAACCAAAUGAAAAUUACCCCCCCAGCAGAGUGUUAUAGAGUGAAGUGAAGAUUUAUAUAUUGAGUGGAAGUCCUAGGACUGUUAAAGACAACCCUAUAGGGAGUUCCCUUCUGAAUUGCCCUAUUCUUCAUCUUCUGCUCAGGCAAGCAGGCAUCUUGGUAUAUGGAGAGAAAUGUUAAUAUAUCUAGUUUUGUAAAAUGGCUUGUGGACUUGACAGACUGCAUAAGAAACAUUAGCUAUGAAGAUCCAAUAAAGUGUUCCCAAACUUUAGAGCCACUUGUUUCUUUUGCUCUUCUCCUUUUCGAGAAUCUUUGCCUUUUGACCCAAGAAUCCAGAACUGCUACAUGUACCCAGAAGUUUUCUCUCGUGGACCAUCAGGUUUCCUAAGACGACUCUCGGAAGCCACUUUGAUUCCAUGUAGCUCUCUUCGAAAGUUUCCAGAGCAGAGGGUGGAAUCUGAGACCACAAUGGCUUCUCUCGGGAGCUUUGACAAAUGGGAAAAGAUUGCAUCAAUGAAUCUUAAAGCAAGUUGCUUGAUAUGCAAGCUUUUUUUUUUUUUUUUGGCGCCUGUGUUAUUUUUUUUUGUUUUGUUUGUUUAAAUGACAUUUUCUCUUGUCAUUAACUGUAUAUUAAAUCAAUAAAUGUUUAAAAAAAAAAAAUUAAAAAAAAUCCAAAAAUAGUAAAUAAAAGAGAUACAAGAUUACUUAAAACUGUGAUGUAAUUGUCAGAUUUUAGAUUAUAUAUAAGAAGAGAAAGCACAAGGCCUACGGUGCCGUGUUGUAUAAUAUUGUAAUUAUUAUAAUUACACAUAAUGUAAUUUUACCAUAUAAAUAUCUUUAUACUGUGUUUUAAUUUUUUAACACUCACCCCCUUCCCCCCAGGUCAUCCAGUCUCCCAGCAUUAGCAGUAUUAUGUAAUAACUUUCCUAUAUGUUCGUUUUAAUACAGGUUUCUUAUUUUUAUUUCCUUUCUUGUUUAAAGAUUUUUUAUGUUGAUUUUUU